UGUCCGCACCGGCGGGCCCCGCGUCUCCCACCGCCGAGGACUCCGCCCGGCUCGGAGCCCGACCCCGAGGCAAAACCAGAACCUAUGGCUCUCUUUGCAGCCCUUCAGACAACAUUCCUCUUGGUAUUGCUGCCCUUGGGAACUUACCAGAGAAAAGUUUUGUCUGAACCUCGACCAUUGACUCCUGAAUCGCUUGAAGUUUCCAUCAAUUCCACAUGCCAAUGCUUACAUUUACAAUGGAGCAUCCACAGCCUUCCUCACCAUCAGGAACUACAAAUGAUUUUUCAGAUACAGAUCAGUAGAAUUACAACAUCCAGUGUCGUCUGGGUGGGGAACUACAGUACCACCGUGAAGGAGAACCAGAUUCUGCAGUGGAGUUGGGAAUCUGAGCUCCCUUUGGAAUGUGCGACACACUUCGUAAGAAUAAGGAGUGUGAUGGACGAUGCCAGGUUCCCCAAGCCGAGGUCCUGGAGCAAGUGGAGUUCAUGGGAGGAAGUAGACGCACAGGAUUCUCUUGGACAUAAUGCCCUCUUCGUUUUCCCCAAAGACAAGCUGGUGGAAGAAGGCUCCAGUGUCACCUUUUGUUACGUCUCUAGGAGCAAUCUGAAUAACGUAUCCUGUUAUUUGGAUGGUGAACAGAUCCAUGGAGAACAGCUUACUCCAAAUGUAUCCACAUUCCACUUGAGUCAUGUUCGUUACAAGAGGACAACGGGGACAAACAUCUACUGUGAAAUGAAGCAGGGAAGGAAGCUGGCAGGCACCGUUCUUUAUGUAUCGAAAGUACUUGAGGAGCCCAAGAACUUUUCUUGUGAAACCCAAGACUUGAAGACUUUGAAGUGUACUUGGGAUCCUGGGAGUGACACUGCUUUGACCAUACAACCUUCCUCAAACUAUACUUUAUUUGAAUCAUUUUCCCAGAAAAAGAAAGUUUGUGAAGACAGAAACUGGUGCUCUUGGCAAGUAACUCAAGACUCCCAAGAAAUGUAUAACUUCACACUCAUGACUGAAAACUACUUAAGGAAAAGAAGCGUCAAUCUUGUUUUUAAACUGACUCAUCGAGUUCGUCCAAUGACUCCCCUUAAUUUCAUCCUUGAAAAUAUAAAUUCCAGAAAUGCAACCGUGACAUGGAAGGUGCGCCCCAUUGGGAAUUCCACAUUUCAGUGUCAGGUUGAACUCCAUCAUGAUGGACAAGUAAUACAACAGAACAAUGUUUUCAUCAAGGUGAAUGGUAAAUACCUUCUAAGUGAAAUGGAGCCUGACACACAUUAUUUGGCCCGAGUACGCUGUGCUUAUGGCAACCACUUCUGGAAAUGGAGUGAAUGGAUUGAUCAAAAGUUCACCACACUUGAAGCUGCUCCCUCGGUGGCUCCUGAUGUCUGGAGAAAUGUGAGGUCAUUGCCAGGAGGCUAUGAUGUGACAUUAUUCUGGAAGCCAUUAUCAAAAUCUCAUGCAAAUGGAGAGAUUCUCUUCUAUAAUAUAGCUGUGGAAAGUCUAGACAAAUCAUCCAAAUUCAAUCUCUCCAUUCCUGCACCGCACAAUGACACAAAACUAACCCUCAAUAAGUAUUCUUACCAAAUCCACGUCACAGCCAACAACAGUAUGGGUACUUCUCCUGCCUCAGUAAUUGUCAUCCCUGGAGAGCCGGGACACAAAGAGAUUGAAGAAGAAAGGGUUAAAGGCACAGAGAAUAGAUUCUCUCUGUCUUGGGAGCCUCAAUCCAGAGAUGCCAUAGGCUAUGUUGUGGAGUGGUGUGACCAUCCCCAGGAUCCGCUUUGUGGUCUCCAGUGGCAAAAACUAGGCCCCAAUACCACAAGUACAGUCAUCAGCUCAGAUGCUUUUGAACAAGGGGUCAGAUACAAUUUCAGGAUUUAUGAAAUAUCUCCGGGAUGGAUUGCUUCUUUAUUAGAGAAAAAAACAGGAUACUCCCAGGAACUGCCUCCCUCGGACAACCCUCAAGUGACCACAAGUAGCUUGACAUCCCACUCCUUCACUCUGAAUUGGAAGGAUUAUUCCACUGAAUCCCAGCCCGGCUUCAUCAGAGGGUACAACGUCUAUCUGAAAUCCAAGAUGGAGCAGUGCACCUCAGGAUUUGAAAGGAUAACUCCCUCAGAUGAUUCGGCAGGUUGCAGACACAAAAUUGACAACCCAGAACAAAAGACAUUUCAUGUGGAAAACCUAGAGCCAGCAUCCUCCUAUGAGUUUUUCGUCACUGCAUACACAAGCGCUGGUGAUGGCCCCAACGGUACUUUCACAAAGGUCACAACUCCAGAUGAAUACACCCGUAUGCUGACCCACAUCGUAGUCCCCGUGAUUCUCUGCAUUCUGCUCAUCACGGUCCUCUUCUACUUCCAAAUUCAGUGGAUGAAGGAAAAGUGUUAUCCUGACAUUCCAGACCCUUAUAAGAGCAGCGUCCUGUCACUAAUCAAAUCCAAGGAGAACACUCACCUAACAAUAAUGAACCUCAAAGACUGCAUUCCAGAUGCUAUUGAGGUUGUUAACAAGCCGGAAGGGAGUAGGACACAGCCCCUAGGCACUGGGAAGCCACUCACAGAAACGGAACUGACCAAGCCUGCCACCUACCUUUACCUCCUUCCAACACAAGAGAAUCCCUCAGGCUCAGGACCUUGCAUCUGUUUUGAGAACUUUACCUACAACCAGGCAGCUUCUGACCUUGGUUCUUCAGGCCAUGUCCCAGUGCCACCUAGCACCCCACCAAGUCAGCUGGGACUAUUGUACUCACCUGAAAAUUUACUAAAAGCACUAGAGAAAUACUACACGAACUCCCUGGGAGAAAUCCCAGCCGGAGAAACUCAUUUGAAUUAUGUGUCCCAGUUGGCAUCACCAAUGCCUGGAGAUAAGGACAGUCUCCCAACUGAUCCACCAGUGCAAGCACAGUGUUCCGAGUAUAAAAUGCAAAUGGCAGUACCCCUGGGUCCGGCCUCAUCUCCCCCCAGUGAAGACACCAGCCUCUCCUCAACUGCCAUUUUAGAUCAAGGUGAACACUACUGCUAACGAGCAUAUCGAUUUCACCCAUUUAUAUUACACAGGCACUAGGAGAGUUUGCCUGGCACCAUUCCAUCACCAGGUGCCUCAGUCCUUAAUCCCAGUGAGCUGUCGCCAUCUGCAGGUCUGAUUUCUACAAGACCGCUAAUAUCUCGCUGGGUUUCAAAGGCCAUAACGCUCAGUAUUCCACCUCAGAGCAGGCUUGCACUGCAAAUGGCAGGAUCAUGCGAAGAUGCUUACUUUGCUGCUGUUUGUUUCAGACUCGUCUUGUGUAACAGUAGACUUCGCACUUGACAUAGUGAUAGGCAUUAACCACUCCACAGACUCCCCUCCCUCCCCACAGAACUGUACAGGGUAGUUGUGCUCCUAGAAGUUCAGGUCUUAGUGGGAAAAUAUUUCCAUUAAAUUCUGUUGUUGUUGUUAGCUACCAUUGAGUUACCAUGUGACCCCAAGCACAACAGGAUCAUAUGGCUGUGAUCCAUAGUGUUCUCGUUGGCUGAUUUUUCAGACACAGAUCACCAGGCCUUUCUUCCUGCCCUGUCUAAGUCUGGAAGCUCUGCUGAAACCUGUUCAGCAUCAUAGCAACAAGCAAGCCUCCACUGGCAGAUGGCAGGUGGCUGUGCGUGAGAUGCCUUGACUGGAAACUGAACCCGGCUCUCCCAGAUGGAAGGCAAACCAUCCCUGCUCCUCAUUAAAUCCUACUCCUUUGUUUAAUAUUUUAAGAGUAAAGAACUAGAUUCAAGGUUUUAAUAAAGGCCACAGAAGAUAUAUUACUAGAGCAUAGAUUGUCAAUGUAAAUUUAUUCUGAGUGUGUUUAAUGAAAAAGUCAUAGAUGUUUGUGACUGAAGCAGAUUUUAAGACUUCCCUUGAAGUGAUAAGAGUUUGUAGCACAUGGAUGCAGUAAAAUUAACUCUUUUGGAGGUGGGCGCAUAGACCUCCUCUACUAGGUAAGAUGUGUGAAUGAAUGGGUAAGAUUUACCCAAUUCUGACCACACUUAAAGAACUGGUUUGGCAAGGAACUCCUGACUUGGCGUCAAGAUGAUUCCUGCUGAGUAGAUGCCAGUCUUCUACUCUCAUUUUUGAUGACUACCUCAGAAUUAAAAAGUAAAACACAUCAUCUAGUAAUUCCAUUCACAUUUUGUGGUUCUUCGUUUUUUCCAGAAUUAUAUAUAAAUGAGCUGUUUUUACUUAGCAUCCUUUGGGCUCUGCAAUAGGUUGUCUGGGUCAAGAUAUAAUACCCUUCUUGUCUCAUUUAUAUACCUAUUAUGAUAAAAUAAUGAAACCUCUUUGUUAGACAUCAUUUAGAUAUAACUGUAAAAAGAUAGUUAUAUGGAGUAGGAAAGUCUAUGUAGCCUCAGGAGCAGCUUUGUCAUCUCUAAACCAAUAUAUGCAAAGCACCUGGUAUGUAACAGUUGUUUGAUCCAUGUUAGUUUCCUUCUCUUCCCUCCACCUGGCAAACCCUAAUGUUUAUCACAAUUCUCAACAAGCAUGAAUAGGGUUUGCUGACUGCUUUCAGUGUGGUGGGAUUGACUCUGCCUAUGCUUAUGCCUCUUGGUACCAAAUGCCUCACACUGUUCCACUCAGCACUAGGAGAGAAAGCAGUAUCCACAUCUUCAAAAUAAGGUGGCUGUCAACUGGCCUAAAUAAACCUGUUGCCAUAGAGACGAUUCCUAUUCAUAGCGACCCUACAGUAUAGGGUAGAACUGCCCCAUAGGGUUUCCAAGGCUGUAAAUCCUUAUGGAAGCAGACUGCCACAUCUUUCUCCCAUGGAGCGGCUGGUGGGUUUAAACCACCGACCUUUUGGUUAGCAGCCAAGUGCUUUAAGCCUUGUGCCACCAGAGCUCCUUACUGGCCGAAAUAGACCUACACAAACCAGUAUUUCUGUUCAGGCUCUUCCAAUAUUUCCCCUACAUAUAUCUAUGCCUUUUGCUGGAAAAUAUUGCUUAUGCGCUCUUACUGUAUAUAAAUGACUCUCUUGACUAGUCUAAUGGAACUCUGGUGGUGCAGUGGUUAAGAGCUACGACUGCUAACCAAAAGGUGGGCAGUUCAAAUCCACCAGGCGCUUUUUGGAAACCCUGUUCUGUCCUAUAGGGUUGCCAGGAGUUGGAAUUGACAACGGAUUUGGAUUGGUUUUGACUAAUCUUAUAGUUUAAAGAAGGCUUUGAGGCCAGUAUAGUCAUCGUUUACCUUAUUUAUUUAUGUUCCUUUUUUUUAUGAUGCAAUUAUAUUUUUUCAUUUGUAACGUGUACAGAAAUGUCAAUGACAGUGAUGACUGAUACGUAGACAGUGUCUUUCAUAUAGAUUUACUUUAAAAAAAUAAUCCACAAAACCUUAAAGUCACUUUUUGUUCUUGUAACAACCUUAAUUAAAAUAUUUCACCAUCAGAUUAUUUUGUGUGUGUGUGUAUGUGUUAGCUCAGUGAAAUGAUAAAUUACCUUAUGAGCUUACUCAAAAUGUAACUUCCGGUAUCACUCUAAGCCUCUUAAGCAAAAUCUCUGUAGCGAGGGCCUGGAAUCUGUAUUUGUAAUCAGCUUUUAGGCAUUCUGAUGGACAUUAAACUUUGCGAAUCACUGGUCUAAAUCAAAAAAAGAAAUCUUUCUGCAAUAUGACAAUAUACCAGUAGGAAAUGCUGAGCUACAGAACUUCAUGCUUAACAAUACCACAUGAACUAUAGCUUUGACUAUAAACAUUCAUCUCCAAUGUUCACAACUAAGUAAGUUUAUAUUUAAAACCUUUUCAAUACUCCAUGCCAUCUUAACAACGCUGCUUUAAGAAGCUCUUAUUCAGAAACUUUGGAAUUUGUAUGUAAGUCUAAGUAGAAGAACCAAGAUUAAAAAAGAAAACUUAUUAUGGAUAAUUCCAAAUAUACACCAAAGUAUUUAUAAUAGUUUGAAGAAUCUCUUUGUACCAUCGUCCAGUCCAACUGCUGUUAACCCAUGCUUGAUUUA